CAUUUCAUCAAUUUAAUUGAUCCAUCCAAGCAAGCCGAGUGUGGUUUGGCGAUUUGGUACCGCGUUGUUGUUCAUUUUAAAGUGCAUAAAAGAAGGAAGAGGAAGUGCAGCAAAGCUGGCGUAGAUUCGGGCUAUGCGGUGAAAAUCUUGAACGGAGGCUUAUUUUUCAAUUCCCGACGACGAGUGAGGCGCAUUACAGUUCCGACCUUCUAGCAGUGACCGGAAUGCGGAAAUGGUGGGCAGCACCGUUCCGACGUUGUUCGGAUUCGCAACGCUGGACAGCAGCAAGUACCGAGUUUUGUCCAGAUCGAAACCCACGGCGGCAAGGACAUCGCCACGAACCUGGACAACACCUUUCAGAAGCUCAAAAAGAACUAGGACCGGCAAGUACGAGCUGGACGUCGUAAAAGUGGUCCUCACGUUCUGGCCCCGGCUGUACAGGAAUCCGGGUGCGUGAAACGGCCCAGCGGGCACAGGUGGCGGUCGUCGCGAAGGCAGGCAAGAACAUCGCGCCGUAUUUGACGUAGUAGGCGCUGGCCUGGAUUUCGGCCCAGUACGACACGUACAAUCCGGCAGCCAGUUUGGCGAGCCAUUCGUUGCAGUGCGCCCCCGCCCGCUGGGCAAAGUGUUUGUGUGAAGUGGAAAUUGCACGUGCACGUCGAGCAAUCCGAAGUAAGUUGAGGAAAAACAACCAUUAAAAUAAAACAAUAUCAAUCUUUUCCCCCGUUUAGAUCCAACACCCCUGAAGUGUGCGAAUAAAAGUACCAGCGCUGAUCGAAACAUAAAUAAGUUCGCGAAGCAGUCAACAGCAGCAGGACGACCUGGAGGAAUCAAAAAAUCGCGAGACGGAAUCGCCGAUGACCGUGGAGUACAACUCUGAUUGCGAGCUGAACGAGGGUGACACGCUGUGCAUCGAGGAUUCUGUCGAGGGUCAAGAAUCGAAAACCGGUGAGGAUCCCAAAUAGUUGGAGGAAUCUCCCAGUUCUGCCAUUUCACAAACAACAGCAGAGAAGAGGGUCACUCCACCGCGCAGCAGAAUUUCUCGACUAAUCGAAAGUGACUCUGAGGAUGAGAAUCCGGAACCCAGCGGAAAUAAAAGUCCAGCUGGCACCACAACUUCAAAAAGCUGUCCCGAAUCAUCGACAGCGAUUCCGACGAGGCGGACAGAACCGUCACGACUCGGCGAAACCUAAUUACUGAGUUGGGAAGUGACUCGGACCAGCUGGCCAAACAAAACCAGACGAUCGACGCCAUCGGGGACGAAAUCGACAAGACCAUGAGCCGGCUCAAGUCGUUGGUGGAUUCGGACUCGAGCUCGAGAAGGGAUCAGGAAUCGGUUGGUAAAAAAAGCGCAAAAAGAAGCUCAACACGAAGAAGGAGCGGUCCCAGGCCAUGGAGAAGAAAAAGGACCCGAAGGCUCUGCUGGCCAGUCUCAACCUGGAAUUAGCGACGACAGUCGCUCAAAGGCUAGCGGCAGUGGCGGCAGCGAUUCCGAGCCACCCGAAGUGACUCCGAAACGGAGAAUCAUGACCACAUAAAGAGUCGCAAGACUAGGCAGAGUUCCGAAGAUGAAGAAGAAGGUAUGAAUUUAAUUUUCUUGAUGUCUAGAGUAGAUUCUAAUAGCAACCGUCUCUUCCAGAUGUUCGCCAAGGCCGCCGAGCGGAUGGCGCGCGAAGCUUCGGUUUCCGUGCCCUAUCACAAACUGAAGUGGCGCACGCUGGAGGAGUUUCUGAACCGGCGUACGGUUCAAAAUCGGCUCGAGUUCCCCGUGGACGGCCGCCAAAGCCUGGCCGCUGCCAUUCGGAUGCCUCCGGAACAGCUAGAAGCGUUCGCCAAGUAUCUGGAGGAGCGCGAGAAGGAAACGAUCGAGUUGCAACGACAAGAAGUGCCAGUCUCGGAACCUAAAGCGACGACAACCCUCCCCGCCAUAGACACGGAACCGAUCGAGUCCCUGGGUGUCACCGACACUGAACCGGACGAGCUUCCCAACACCUUCGUGCCAAUUCACCUUGCUUGCUGCAGUGUGGUUCUUCCGACCGAUGGAGGUCGAUCUGAAGCGGAAACUCGGAUGGAAACCGCCGGUCGACUGUGCCGUCAGAGAAAUUUUGAUGCACUGGAAUCGAACGGUCGAAGGUCACAGGGCGGCAGCAUUUUUUCCUGACUCUGCUACUAGGAUGUGGUUUUCCGAUGACUGGAGUAAUGA